AUGUAAGCUGAUAGUUUUCAUUCUGUGCUUUCAGAUAAGCAUCCUAGAUAUAAUCAGUUUAUAAGUUCUUAACUUUUUACUGGGUAUAAAGUUCGAGGAAAGGACAAUUAAAAAAAAUAUCACAUUGUUUCAAGUCCAUCAGAAGAUUAAAAAAUGACUACAUUAGAAGAUUAAAAAAUGACUAACAACUUUUCAGUAUCUUAGAGUUAUUUAAAUGCAAUGAAAGCAUUGUAAGAAAAGAUUAAAUAGCUUGAAUUAGAGAAUUCAAGUUUAUAGAUUUUGAUGGUACAUAAAAAAUUCAUCAUUAGUCAUCAAAUGAUAAAAAGAGUAAUUUAAAAUCAAAUGAAAUAAAGCGAAAAGAAACAAGUUUACAUUUAAAAACAAAUGACAUUGUAUUGGUUAAAGAACUAGAGUAAAAACUCAUGUAACAGGAAUUUACAAGUAAUAUCAAAAUUGAAGAUUAUGAAUGUAAAAUAGCAUAAUUAUAGCAUAAUUUACUAAAUAUUAUAUAAUAAACUGAUCAGAAAUUUAGGGAAUUUAUGGAAGAAAUCUAAAAUUUGUAUGUUUUUUAAUGUUAUUUAAGGACUGAGUAAUUGAGGAUUUAAGAAGAAAACAACAAAAAUUAUAGGAAUAAAGUAAAUUAAUAUACAAUAACAAUUUAAUAAGAAAAAUAAGUAAAUAUUAUAAUUAAAUAGAACUAUUCCAACUUAUAGUUUCUGUUAGAAUAAGAAUAAAAUGAAAAAAGAUUUUUGUUAGAAAUAACUGAAAAAUUAUAAUCAGAAUUAUCAAAGUUGAAAGAGAAACUAUUUGAGACUGAUAAUUAUAUUGAGUAAUAUGCAGAAUAUUAUAAUGAUAAAAAAAUUAGAAGUAAUAUAAUAAUUAAUUAAGAAUUGGAAGAUGAAAAUAAUAAAUUAAAAUAUUAAAUAGAUAAUAUAACAAUAGAAAAUGAAUAGCUUAAAAAAGAGAUUUAAAAUUUAAAAUUGAAAUAAAAUUUAAUAAAGAAAAAACUUGAAGAGUCAGAAUAUAAAAGAGUUUAGAAAUUUUCAGAAUCCAAUAUUAGAAUAGAGUAAUUAAGAUAAUAAUUACUUUCUCUAUCUUUUAAAUCUAAUUUAUCAACUCUAAGUCCAAGAGUAACAAAAAAAUAAAAUAUUUAAUAAAUAUUAUCUAAAGAAAUGUAAAUAAAACCAUAAAAAGUUAGAGAUUUACGUUAAAUAAAAAGCAAGAGUUUAAAUAAAAUAAUUGAUCAUCAAUUUUUAACUUAAUCAUAAUCAAUUUAAAAUAAUAACUUUGUAUAAUAAAAAUAAUAAGGAAAUGAUUCAUAAAGUAGUGGUGUAAGUAGAUUGAUUGUUAAGACUUUAGAAGAAAAUUAUCCAUCUUAGUAAAAAAAUGAAGAUCUCAAUCUGAAUACAGAUGAAAUCAUUUAGACUGAUUAAAAAAUUAAUAGAAAACAAUAAAAAUAUAUUGAAGUUAUUGAAAGAAUCAAAUUCUUGGAUGAACUUUUGUCAGCAUUAAAUUUAUAAUAUUAAGAUAUUGAAGAAUAAAUUCAAUAAUAAACAGAUUUAAAUAUCAAAAAAUAAAAAAGAUAGAAAUUACUUGAGAUAAUUGAUUAAAUGUAAGAAGUAAAUAAAGAAUUAAAUGA